CUCAGACCGGAAUCUUCUCACAGUGUUGUUGUUGUUGUUGUUUCCUAAGGUGACCGGCAGGCGGCGGAGCUGCGCCGUGUUUGUUCACAGGCAGAGGAGGGCUAUAUGCGGGGUAGCUGACAUCACGUGAACGCAGCACACACACACACACACACACACACACCUCUCCGGUUGCCGGGGCCGUGUCAGAUGUGUUUCUAUUUUCUCCAUCUUUGCCUCCGACCCGGAACAACUGACAGACAGACGGAGAGGAGGUCCACCGCAGACAGACUGGUUGCGCUCUCCGGUCUGCACCGCUACGGUCAUAAAACAGACCAAUCGACCACCGUCCCUCUGCGGGGCCGGACCGAGCCGGACUACAGCAGAACCUCAACAUGUCCCUGCUACAGCUGCCCCCGUGCGUGAUAGACUGCGGGACCGGGUACACAAAGAUCGGCUAUGCUGGAAACACGGAGCCACAGUUCAUCAUGCCCUCCUGUAUCGCCAUCAGGGAGUCGGCCAGUGUGGGAGAACAGGCUCAGAGGAGGCUCGCAAGAGGAGUCGACGACCUGGACUUCUACAUCGGAGACGAAGCCAUAGACAAACCCAACUAUGCAACCAAGUGGCCCAUCCGUCAUGGGAUGGUGGAGGACUGGGACCUGAUGGAGAAGUUCAUGGAGCAGAUUAUCUUCAAAUACCUUCGAGCGGAGCCUGAGGACCACAGCUUCCUCAUGACAGAGCCUCCUCUCAACACACCUGAGAACAGAGAGUACCUGGCAGAGAUCAUGUUUGAGACCUUCAACAUACCUGGACUCUACAUUGCAGUGCAGGCCGUGUUGGCGCUGGCGGCGUCCUGGACGUCUCGGCAGGUCGGACAGAGAACGCUGACCGGCAUCGUAAUUGACAGCGGAGAUGGCGUCACACACGCCAUCCCUGUGGCUGAGGGCUAUGUGAUUGGCAGUUGUAUAAAGCACAUCCCCAUCGCAGGGCGGGACAUCACCUUCUUCAUCCAGCAGCUGCUUAGAGACCGGGAGGUGGGGAUCCCUCCGGAGCAGUCACUGGAGACCGCCAAGGCUGUGAAGGAGCGGUAUUGUUACAUCUGUCCAGACAUUGUCAAAGAGUUCACAAAGUAUGACUCCGACCCGGGAAAAUGGAUCAAGCAGUACCGCGGAGUCAACGCCAUCAGUAAGACUGCCUUCCACAUUGACGUGGGCUAUGAGCGCUUCCUGGGCCCUGAGAUCUUCUUCCACCCAGAGUUCGCUAACCCUGACUUCAUGCAGCCUAUCUCUGAUGUGGUUGAUGAGGUCAUUCAGAGCUGCCCAAUUGAUGUAAGGAGACCUCUGUACAAGAACAUUGUGCUCUCCGGAGGAUCCACCAUGUUCAGGGACUUUGGCCGGCGGCUGCAGAGAGACCUGAAGAGAGUUGUGGACGCCCGACUGAAACUGAGUGAAGAACUCAGUGGAGGAAGGAUAAAGCCAAAACCAAUGGAGGUUCAGGUCGUCACACAUCACAUGCAGCGCUACGCUGUCUGGUUUGGAGGCUCCAUGUUGGCGUCCACGCCGGAGUUUCUUCAGGUGUGUCACUCAAAGAAGGACUACGAUGAGAUCGGCCCCAGCAUCUGUCGACACAACCCCGUAUUCGGCAUCAUGUCGUGAUGGCAGUGGCAGCUACAAACAGCUAGCCUGUUAGCCUGCUACGUUGUUUGCCUGUUGGCCUUUCAGCUUGCCACCCACUAGCCAGCUCGCUAGUCUGUUUACCUGCUAGCCACCAACCACUUAGCAAACAGCCUGUUAUACUCUUUCCCCAUUCACUUUUUAGCCCACUUGGCUACUGGACUGUUAGCAGGCUAGCUCAGUCUCAUCAAGCGCAUGGAGGUCGGGAGAAACUGAAGCACAAAAGUCAGUUUGAAAACAGUGAAAACAAAGUGUGUUGAUGUGUUAUUUUAACUUUCGUGAGGGAGAGCUUGUUGCUCCAAAUGUUUUGAAGCAACAACGAUGAUGUCUCCAGACCUGGAGCUUAGGUCUAGCUAGCUGACAGUCUGCUAGCUGCUAGCCUGUUAGCUGUCCUCAAAAAUGUAGCACUUCUGAGAGUGUGUGUGUGUUGAAGUUGAAGCUUUUGGCCUGACUGAACAUGACAGAUAUAAACUGAGUUUUCGUAUCUGAAUCGCGAGGAGCUGAAACAACGUUAAUUUUGCUGCAGUUUAGAUGGAGGUUCAACAGCAUCGUGUCGCAGAUUCUGAUCUUCACCUUCAUUCAGUGUGACGCCCAACUGAUCACAACAAA